CUCUACGAGAAAUUAAUCGAACCAUGGAAACGCUCGUUGCAGGUCAUUUGCGGCAAUCUUUUGUCAGUCAGAGUUUUUGACCUUAACUGCAGUGCGGAUAUCCUUAUUCAAGGCACAGAAUCAGGUGUUCGGUCAUACUAAGCGAUUACUUUCCGCUCUGCCGGUUCCUGAUCCACAAAAGCAGUGAACCUGCCUACUUAUUUCCCGACAGCUGCUGAUCUUUAUAACCGCUUGCUUUUGCUAUGGCUUGGAUAACCGAAUUUUUGUGGAACCAACGGUUCAUGUUGUGUAUCUUGAUAAUCCAAGGCGCCAUCCACUGCCUGAAGAAGGUGGAGGUGGACAAAAACGGCAAAGCCGAAUGUUACGUUUGUUCAGAGGAGGACGAUAGUUGCGCCGACUGGACGGGCGACCAAAACGGAGACACUUGCGACGAAUCCACAGAGCAGGCCUGCUUCACUCAGGCUGUCGGCUUUCGUGUAGCUGGAGAAAGCCAUGUGCGUUGGAGGGUCAGGAGGGGCUGUGAUAAGCUUCCUAAAAAUGUUGCCAGUAAUAACUACUCCUAUGACACUGAUGCUGUCAUGUCCAAAACAGCAUUCCAAACAAAUAAGCGGCUGGAUUAUAUUAAAGUAAUCCAGAUAGUUUGCGUGUUAGAUCUCUGUAAUGACCGCAGGUUUAAAGAUACGACAGCUCCGGAUAAUUUAUAGAAUUAUUAAUUACAGUUGUAUAUUUUGUAGUACAUUUUCUGAGAAAUUACGAUUAUGUUACUUAUAAAUGCGGUCACAGUUUCCGCUGGAUGGUACACUGUAUGUACAAGCUUGUUCCAUAAUUUGUAACCCGUGAAUUUGUAUUUGUCGCUGUGCUGAUGCGGUAGACAUAUAAGGACGAUAAUGUACAGUAUAUACUGCAGUAAGUCCAGUAUAAACUAUAAA